UAUUUAUUAUUGGAAUCUCCAGAAUCAUAACUUUCUAAAUAUUCAAGGAUCCUUGAAUCCUUGAAGGGAAAGAUUGUUGCAACAAAAAGGACACGCCUCCUUGCUAUUUUCUGCCUGCUGGACAUAGAAGCGCUAAUGAGUUAAUCACUAACUGCACAGGUACAAAUAUGGGACAUUAACUGGGGAAAAGCAGCUUAUGUCCAAAGAAAGUUUGACCAACCUUUGAAAACCCAACUGCACUGUUGAUGUUUGGCCCUGAUGUGAUGAGACAUCGUCUGCUGCUCAGCGUCGUCAGAGGGAAGCUGUAUCUGUUUGGAGGAUCCUCCAGUCCUGAAGCCUCCGAAUGCCUCCCAGGCGUCUACAGCUUCGACGUCGUGUCUUUGGCCUGGGAAUGCCUGUCAGCCGGCGGCGUGGCUCCCAGGGUUCUCCGGUCCGGCUCUGCUGCCGCUGGAGACAACAUCUACAUGUACGGAGGGCGGCUGGAGGGCGAGCCAACCGACGACCUCCUGGUCUUCAACACAGUGUCUGUCACCUGGACUCCGGUUAAAACCAGCGGAUCGCUUCCUCCUGCCCUAUGGGGGCAGAGUUUCACUCAGGCUGGAGAUCAGCUCUUCAUGUUUGGUGGUUACGGAGCAGGAGGAACGUUUUGUAAGGACCUUUAUGCUCUGAACACAGAGAAGCUGCAGUGGCAGAAAUGGGAGGUGAAGGGAGAAUCUCCUCCAGUCUGUAGUGGACAGACACUGACUGCACACCAUGACAAGGACAUCUAUCUGUUUGGAGGACAAAUCUGCAGUAAGGAAUCCACAGCAACGUCGUCCAAUGAAAUCCAUAAACUCAGUAUUGCCAAGAUGAAGUGGAAGGUUCCUCUGUAUGUUGGGAUUCCUCCGGCCCGUCGGCACGGCCACGCUGCCUUCAUCCUACACAGUCACCUGUAUGUGUUUGGAGGGAAGAAUGAAGAGCAGGAUUUGAAUGACUUGAAGGUGAUGAAGCUGAUCAAUCCGUCUGAGAGACAACCAGUGAUGAAGGAGAUCCUGUCAGAGUUCGGUCUGCAGGGCGUCAGCCACAGCUUCACUCCCACUAAGGUUCCCAACGUUCGCUAUGAGCUGAGCGACGCGGCUCCGUCCACCCAGCCCAGAACAGCAGCAGCAGCUAAUAUACAGGUUUGUGUCCACAGAGACUUCAGCGCCGUUCGAGAUCAGGCCAUGAAAAUGAUCCAGGCAGCCUUCGCUCUGUUGGACCAGGAGUUUCAGAAACUAGAUCGGUUCAUUCAUUCAUUCAUUCAUUCAUUCAUUCAUUCAUUCAUUCAUUCAUUCAUUCAUCUCUUUGUAGCUUUUGUAUUGACUAACUCUACAGAUGAUUUAUUUUCUUUAUUCAGGGAGAAGUUAGAAGUUUCUAAAGCCGCUGCAGCUCUACACAGGGACAGAAAGGAGCAUGAAGCUCACAGAGAACGACAACAACAGGAGCUGAAGGAAAUGUUGGAGAAACAUCGCAACCAGAACGAGGCGUGGCUCCGGGCGAGAGCCGAGGAGAACGACCGAGAGAGGAGGGAGCUCAGCAGGCUGCGGGAGGAGGUUCUGCAGGACCAGGAGAGGCUGAAGGAGGAGCAGAGCAGCGUCCAGAAACGCAGCGAACAUCUGCUGUCCAUCAUGCAGCAGUUCAAAGGAAUGUAGAAAACACUCAGCAAAAACCAUGAAAAUGGGAAAUUAUUUGAAAUAGAAAGUUUGUUUGAUUCUGACAAUAAAAACUUUGAAAAGUUUGUCAAAACAAA